GAAUAUUUGAUCCCCUAGAUUUUCCCCUGGCACUUGACAAGCUGCUGGAUCAGGAACUUGCGUUCAAAGUCAAGUGGCAACCAGAUUGGACAAAUUGCUCGGUCAUCAUGUUAGUGAAAGAUAAACCUGUUGUUAAUCAACUAAAAGUUGAAUGGGUGGCUGCAACUACAGUUAAUUCACAUCAGCUAUGUGCCCCUGUGAACCAUAUCAAGGAGAGUGUUGAUGAGGCUGUUCUUGUUGAUGAUUCCGACAUUGUUACGGAUCCUGAAAUUACUUCUAAAUUGCACCCUGAACCAGUCACACCUACGGCAAAAAGACAGAACCCGAAUCCAUCCAGUGAAUCUACCAGCCUUGCAACACACAGCGAAGGAGAUUUGUCUUCAACAAAACUUAAGAAACCAACGAGAAUCACUAGGAAAUUAGUGAAGAUUGAAAAAUAGUUUAUAACAUGGUCAUGGCUGCUAUUUUUUUGGGAAAUUUUAUGUAUGGAUUCAAUUUUGAAAAUACAUAUUUGGUUGUAAUAUUACAUUAUUACUCGACUACUGUUCGAU